UGCAGCUGGAGCUGUGCAGGACUCUGUGCUUCUCUCCAGCCCUCUGCUCUCCUCUCUCUCUGCUAUGGUCGUCCACAUACGCGGUUGCAAUUUCAGCACCACAGACAGCUCUCUCUCCGGCUCCGGCUCCAGCCUCAGCAGCACCGUCGCCUCCACCCUGCGAGACUCCCCGGCGUCCCACAGCCCCGGCGGGCUGAGCCGGACCGGACACACGGUGGUGGCGGUAUGCCUCGGCUUCAUCUUAGUGGCGGGGAUCCUCAACAACUUUUUCGCUCUGCUCAUCUUCGCAAAGUUUCGCUCCCUGUGGACGCCCAUCAAUGUCAUCCUGCUGAACAUCAGUGUGAGCGACAUCCUCGUGUGCGUCUUCGGCACACCCUUCAGUUUCGCUGCGAGUCUGCACGGCAGGUGGCUCAUUGGAGAGUACGGCUGCAAGUGGUACGGGUUCGCCAAUUCCCUCUUUGGGAUUGUGUCCCUGGUGUCCUUGUCUGUCCUCUCCUAUGAGCGCUACACCGCCGUGCUGCAGUCCUCCCAGGUCGACAUCUCAGACUUCAGGAAGGCCUGGCUCUGCGUUGGUGGCUCCUGGCUCUACUCUCUCCUCUGGACCUUGCCGCCCUUCCUGGGAUGGAGCAGCUACGGGCCCGAGGGACCCGGUACCACGUGCUCCGUCCAGUGGCACCUCCGUUCACCCACCAGCGUCUCAUACGUGUUGUGUCUCUUCAUCUUCUGUCUGCUGCUGCCCCUUCUGCUCAUGGUCUACUCUUAUGGCCGAAUCCUGGUGGCGAUCAGGAGGGCGGGUAAGAUCAAUCUGCUGGCAGCUCAGCGCAGAGAGCAGCACAUUUUGACGAUGGUGUUGUCCAUGGUGUCCUGCUACAUGGUGUGUUGGAUGCCCUACGGCAUCAUGGCACUGAUGGCCACCUUCGGAAGCACGGGACUGGUCACUCCCUUGGCUAGCGUGGUGCCCUCCAUCCUGGCCAAGUUCAGCACUGUCGUCAACCCCGUCAUCUACAUGUUCUUCAACAACCAGUUUUAUGGAUGCUUUGUGGCCUUCAUAAAGUGCAGCGGGGAACCCUCUACUGUUCAAGGAGAGGAGCCAACAAAUCCGAGGAUGCAGUUCUCUGGUUUCCACAGGCAAAGCAGCCUCAACUCUUCACCCCAUCAGACCCCCAGUGGCUACAGAAGCGCCGCCCUCUGCAGCCGGCACAAUAACCACCACACUCUGGUCGUCCACUACACCCCGUGA